CCGUGUGUUUCUAAAAUGGCGGCAGUGAUGGAUGUGGGUACCCUGAGCGGCACCAACGGCGGCGUUGGCAAGAAGCACUUUGAAGUGAAAAAGUGGAAUGCAGUAGCCCUCUGGGCUUGGGAUAUUGUGGUUGAUAACUGUGCCAUCUGCAGGAACCACAUUAUGGAUCUCUGCAUAGAAUGUCAAGCUAACCAGGCACCUGCCACAUCGGAAGACUAUACCGUUGCCUGGGGAGUCUGUAACCAUGCUUUUCAUUUCCACUGCAUCUCUCGCUGGCUCAAAACAUGGCAGGUGUGUCCACUGGACAACAGAGAGUGGGAAUUCCAAAAGUAUGGGCAUUAG